AUGCGUCCUGACAAAGCACAUUAUUUGACAGAUUCGAAUAAAACUCUUUCAUUCAAUCAGCCAAAGUUUUCUACAACACCCAUUUGGAAUUCCAAUGCAAUCACCAUUGCUAAUCAAUCGAUUGUCGGUGAAGAUCCUCGCGCCAUUUUUGUGAAUACAAACAACACAAUCUAUAUCGCUAAUCGAGAAAAUAACACAAUUCUAAUAUGGGAAGAAGAGAGUGUCAAUCCAAUAAAGAUUAUUCCUGGUAAAUUUACAAAACCCAAUUCUCUCUUCGUGACAUCGAAUGGUGAUAUUUAUAUUGAUGGUGGUGAUUGCGAUUGUGAUUCUGACUCUGAUUCUGAUUUUGACUCUGACUCUAAUUCUGAUUCUGAUUCUGACUCUGACUCUAAUUCUGAUUCUGAUUCUGAUUCUGAUUCUGAUUCUGACUCUGACUCUGACUCUGACUCUGACUCUGAUUGUGAUUGUGAGGAGAAUGGUCGAGUGCAGAAAUGGAUAGCAGAAAUAAAUAACUUUGUCACAGUAAUGAAUGCCAACUCAUCAUGUUGGGGUUUGUUUGUUGAUAUAAAUGAUACUCUAUACUGUUCAAUGGAAAGUCGUCGUCAAGUAGUGAAAAGAUCAUUAAAUGAUCCUGCAAUGACUUCAAAUCGUGUUGCUGCUGGAACAGGUAUUAAAGGAUCAGCCUCGAAUCAACUCUAUGAUCCUCGUGGAAUCUUUGUCGAUGUAAAUUUGGAUUUAUAUGUGGCAGAUUCUUGGAAUCAUCGAGUGCAGUUAUUCCCGUCAGGAGAAUCAAAUGGCAUCACAGUAGCUGGAAGUGGAUCACUAAAUCCAACAAUUAUACUUUUUUGUCCAAGUCUAAUUAUAUUAGAUGCUGAGAAAUAUUUAUUCAUUGUGGAUUCUUACAAUGAUCGCAUUGUUGGAUCAGGUUUGAAUGGUUUUCGAUGUUUAGUCGGAUGUUAUGAAAUGGGUUCAGAAUCCAAUCAAUUGAAGCUUCCAUAUAGUUUGAGUUUUGAUCGUUCUGGAAACAUGUUUGUUACUGAUGAAUGGAAUCAUCGAAUUCAAAAAUUUUUAUUAAUGAAAGAUUCUUUUGCUCUUUCAUUCAAUCAACCAAAGUUUUGUUCAACAGCCGCUUGGAAUUCCAAUGGAAUUACCAUUGCUAAUGAGUCGAUUGUUGGCCAAUAUCCUAACGCCAUUUUUCUGAGCACAAACAACACAAUUUAUGUCGCUAAUAAAGAAAAGAACACAAUUGUAAUAUGGCAGGAAGGGAGUGUCAAUCCAAUAAAGAUCAUUACCGGUAAUUUUACAAGACCCACUUCUCUCUUCGUGACAUCGAAUGGUGAUAUUUAUAUUGAUGAUGGACAUGAGAAUGGUCGAGUGCAAAAAUGGAGUGCAGAACUAAAUACCUUUGUUACGGUGAUGAAUGUCAACAAACCAUGUUAUGGUUUGUUUGUCGAUAUCAAUGAUACUCUUUACUGUUCACUGGCUAAGCAUUAUCAAGUAGUGAAAAGAUCAUUGAAUGAUGCUGCGAUGGCUUCAAAUCGUGUUGCUGCUGGAACAGGAAUUCAAGGAUCAAAGUUGGAUGAACUUUCUAUUCCUUUUGGAAUCUUUGUCGAUGUGAAUUUGGAUUUAUAUGUGGCAGACUGUGGAAACGAUCGAGUUCAGUUGUUUCAAUUGGGAGAAUCAGAUGGUAUAGUAAUGGCUGGACGUAAAUCACUAAAUCCAACAAUUACACUUCGUUGUCCAACUGGAAUUAUACUAGAUGCUGAGAAAUAUUUAUUCAUUGUGGAUAAUGACCAUCAUCGCAUUGUUAGAUCAGGCUUGAAUGGUUUUCGAUGUUUAGUUGGAUGUUAUGGACAAGGUUCACAGUCGAGUCAAUUGCAUAGUCCACAUAGUUUUAGUUUCGAUGGUUUUGGAAACAUGUUUGUUACUGAUCAAGGAAAUGAUCGAAUUCAAAAGUUUAAAUAUUUAAAAAAGUUUUGUGCCAAUACUUCCUCGCUUUUUCAACAGAUUUAUUCAUCAUCAUUGACUAAAAUCAAUCAAAUUUAUUACCGAGAUUGUGACAAACAAAAUUUUUAUUAUGAAUCUAUCCAAAUGAAGGUGAUCGAAACUGGUGACUACACUUUUCGUAGUAGUGGUAACAUCGAUUCAUAUGGAUCUAUUUACAAAAUCAAAUUUAAUCCACUUGACCCAGCAGAGAAUUUGCUUAAAACAGAUGACGACAGCGGUUCUGAUGCUCAAUUCAAACUUGAUAUUCAUCUUGAUGUUGACAGGAUAUAUGUGUUGGUUGUGACAACAUUUGAUUCAAAAGAAACUGGAGAAUUUUCGAUUGUUGUGUUGGGUAAAAACAAAGUUAAUCUCGAAAGUCUUAGCACUCAAGUAAAUAGUCAAUUACCAUAUUCAUCAAAAUUAACUGAUGAUAGUCCAACAUAUUAUCGAGAUUGUCAAGUACCACAAUGUCAUUAUGAGACUUUACAAAUUGAUAUCAUUACAACGGGUUUGUAUAUUCUUUGGAGUGAAAAUAAUAUUAAUGCAUAUGGAUAUAUCUACAAAAAUGAUUUCAAUCCUUUAAAACCAUCUGAAAAUUUACUCCUAUCACAUGGUGGUGAAUGUAAUGAUGGUCCAAAAGAAAGUAGUUGUGUGAUCGGUGACCAAUGUAACUUUUAUAUCAAAGGGAUUGGUUUGACACUCCAUGAUAUUUUACAUGACGAGCUUCAACCAAAUACAGUGCUGAAUAAUCAAUCAUUUUCGAUUAAAUUUAGUGCGGGCUUAACGAUAAUUAUGUUUCUCGCAGGAUUAACCAAUAGUGUUCUUUCUUUUAUUACAUUUCAAAGUAAAGAUUGUCAGCAAGUUGGAUGUGGAAUAUAUCUAUUGACAUCAUCGAUUACUUCUCUUUUGACAAUUAGUAUGUUCAUUACCAAGUUUUGGUUUGUUGUGCUUAGUCAUAUCAAUGUGUCCACUAGUCUGUCUGUUCUUCGUGGAGGCUGUGCAUCUAUUGAACCAAUUCUAAAACUUUUUCUCUACUUGGAUGGUUGGCUUAAUGCUUGUGUAGCAGUUGAACGAGCAAUACUUAUUUUUAAAGGAGUAAAAUUUGAUAAAAAAAAAAGCAAAUCUAUUGCUCGACGAAUAAUUCUUAUUUUACCAUUCUGUAUUGUUGGUACACUUAUUCACGAGCUUGCAUUUCGCAGAUUGUUCGAAUAUGAACCAGUACCCGAUACGACAGAUACGAGUAGGACUAAUGAAGACACAAUCAAGCGAUAUGUAUCAUGCAUCACUCGUUAUUCUUCUACUGUUCAAGAUUACAAUACAGCCGUCCUAUUUUUUCAUCUUGUUGGUCCAUUUAGUAUUAAUCUUUUCUCUGCAUUGUUCAUCAUCUUUGGAGGUGCUCGACAACGAUCAAUGGCACAAACUAACCAAAAUUUUAAAGAACAUGUUCAACAACGAUUCCGUGAACAUAAACAAUUGAUCAUUAGUCCAAUAGUUUUACUCAUUUUAUCAAUACCUCGUCUCAUUAUUUCAUUGCUUCCUGGCUGUGUGAAAACAUCUGAUAACUUGUGGUUGUAUCUUGGACCAUAUUUCAUUUCGUUCAUUCCUUCGAUGCUGAUCUUUCUUAUCUUUGUCGUUCCUUCGAAAUUGUAUAUGAAAGCACUUAAACAAUCGUUCAUUCGUAUUCGAAGGCGUACUCCUCCUUGA